AUGAGUCUGGGUGUUGUGCUCGGGCGGAUGACCAGCGACCGGCCCAACCUGCAUCCGCCGUACACAAUGUCUACCACCUCGCGUGUUGCCGGCGGAGGCGUCCCCUCCGGAUCUGCUUCCUCCAUCGUCGCCGGCGUCGUGUGCGGCUACCACCUGCUCAAGAUCGACGGCUACUCGCGCACCAAGGAGGUCCCGAAUGGCAAGUGGAUCAACUCUUGCCCGUUCCAGAUGGGAGGCCGCACAUGGCAUGUGGAGUACUAUCCCAACGGGGACAAGUCCGAGUACACCGAUUACAUAUCCCUCUUUCUCAGCUUGGACGACACUGUCGCCGAGGCCGUGAAGGCACAUGCCAAGUUCAGCUUAAUCGACCAAGAUGGGAAGCCCGUGCCGCUCCAUACCGCUACUACCGAGACCAGAGACUUUUCUGUGCUUAAAUCUUGGGGGUUCGACUUCAUGAAAAGGCAAGAAUUGGAGAAAUCAGAGCAUCUCAAGAGCGAUUCCUUCACUGUCAAGGUGGACGUCACUAUCAUGUCCGAGUUCCACGCACGGAAGACACCAUCCGUCGCGGUGCCACCGUCUGACAUGCACCGGCACUUCGGGGAUCUCUUGUCGAGCAAGGAGGGCGUCGAUGUCGAAUUCCAAGUCGGCGGGGAGACAUUCUCGGCCCACCGAUUGGUGCUUGCGGCACGGUCUCCGGUCUUCAGGGCAGAGUUAUUUGGGCCGAUGAAGGAGAGCGCCACCACAAAUGUCAUAUGUAUAGAUGACAUUGAGGUAGAGGUGUUCAAGGCUCUGCUUGCAUUCAUCUACACGGAUGCAUUGCCUACUAUGGAUCAACAGGAGGAAUCUGCCAUGGCUCAGCAUCUGCUUGUUGCGGCAGACAGGUAUGAUUUGGAGAGGCUGAAGCUGAUUUGUGAAGAUAAGUUGUGCAAUCAUAUCGAUACAAACUCUGUGGCGACUAUCUUGGCAUUGGCGGAGCAACACCACUGCCCUGAGCUUAAAGCGGCAUGCUUGGUGUUCCUCAGCUCGCCCACGAAUCUGGAAGCGGCCAUGGAGUCUGAAGGUUUUGAGUAUUUAACCAAGAACUGCCCCGGUGUAAUGAAGGAUCUCCUCAUGUGCCAGGUCGCUCCUACUUCACUCGGGAAAAGAAAAUCUAGGGCAUGA